UUCACACUCUCUCCUCUCUCUUACUCAAACAAAACACCAUAUCACUAUCCAUUCAUCCAUCAAUCCUUCUCAAAUUUUCUUUCCUCUCUUAACAAAAUGUCAAAAUUUUCUUUCCAACCAAACACGUCCAAGAAAACCAAAAUCUCUAGUCUUCUCGCUGACUUGUUCAGUCUUUGUUUCUGCAUUUUGUCACACCCACUUUACGUCUCCUACUUCAUUUUUUUCUCACCGUACCUCCUCAAGCUCCUUUCUUUUCUAUCUCCUCUCUUUGUCACCACAGCUCUUCUUGUGUUGGCUUAUCUCACUGUCCAAAACGAUGUUGCUAAUUCCGAUUCGUCGAAAUUUAAACUGGGUUGUCUUGUCACCGCCUACCAAACUGUUUUGGAAGGGUUGCAGAAGUCUAAAGUUGAUGAUAGUGAUGGUGGUGAUGGUGGUGAUCGUGAUCAUGAUCACGAAGAAUUUCGGUCUUCUGUGGAGCUCGAAGCCUAUAAAAUCGUGUUUGACACACCGACGUUCGAAUGCAACGAGACCCCAGUAGAAGAAAAUUGCUCACAAGUCUUUGAAGCACAAGUUGAAGAUGUGUCAAGUCAUGAAGCUAUUGGUGCUUCUGAUGUUUUUGAUGCUGCAAGUGAUGUUUUCGAAGACAAGUUCGAAAUCCCAGCUGAGGCAUUCGUACAAGAAGAAGAGAAUUGGUCAGAAAACUUGUGCACAAAGGAAGAGGAAGAAGAAGUGAUCAGGCCACCACCAAGCACAGAAUCCAAGAAAGUUGAAGAACAAGAAGGAAAAGAAAAGAGGUCUGUGAGAAGAAGAGAAUCCAAGGAUUAUUUGGGUGAUGGAGGUGAGUUAAAUUCCAAACUAUCCAUGGUAAAUUCUCAAACCCUAGGAGCAAAUCUUGGGGAAUCCAGGUUAAAUCCCCAAACCCUAGGAUCAAAUGUUGGAGAUUGUUACUUCAACACGAGUCCAAAUCUUGGAAGUUUUGGAUCAAUGAGGAAAGAGAAGGAGUGGAGGAGGACACUGGCAUGCAAGCUUUUUGAGGAAAGGCAUCAAAGUAUGGAUGGAGGAGAAGGAGGAGAGGGGAUGGACAUGCUUUGGGAGACAUAUGAUGAGACAGAAUCAUUAAAAGUGGUGAAAGGUAAAAAAAGCAAGUCAAAGAAGGGGAAAAAUGGGAAAGUUGAGAGCCAUGAUGAAGAGGAAGAGGGAGAGUUUGAUGGGCAGUUGUGCUGCUUGCAAGCACUGAAACUCUCAGCUGGGAAGAUGAAUUUGGGAAUGGGGAGGCCUAAUCUGGUCAAGUUUUCCAAGGCCCUAAAAGGGUUUGGAUGGUUGCACCAUGUCACCAAGCAUGGCAAGAAGGGGCAUCACUGAACCAAGUAGCCUAGAACGGUGUUGCAUUCAUCUCUCUUGUUUUUAAGUUCGUAUCUCCCUUCUAACUCAUAAAUUAGAGCAGUUUAGAAUAUAUGUCAUCUUAUAAAAAAGAAAAGUUAGAUUUUUGGAGUUACUUUGGUUAAUGCUAAAUUCAAGUGGUAAUUUUUGUGUGUACAUGGGUAGGAGUAUCACAAGUAAAUAUGUUUUGUGUGUUCAUGAUCUAAUGCUUAAAUUAACUAUAAAGUAAGUUUGUUCCUCUGUUUCCAUCA